AUGUUCGUUAUUGUUAAAUGGGAAUCAGAGGAAGUUCCAAUAUUUUCAUUUGGUGUUCAUCGAGUAUGGUUAUGUAUGCCAGUAGCUUUUGGAGCAUUUAUUACUCAUAAUACCGUCUUUCGAUAUGUAUCACCAAAAAUAAAGUUUAUCUUUUUCUGGCUGUUAGCUGCUGAAGAUAUGCUGUCUUGUCUACAUCCACAGAUGCUUCGUUAUAAUAGUGAUUCAAUAAAAAAACUUUCAGAAAAAAACCUAUCUGAUUUACAUAAUAUUUAUUAUACUUGGGACAUUGAUGAUGAUAAAUUCGAUGAAAAAGAUAUUCUAAUAUGUCUUGGUAUUGGUGAUUUUUAUGUGUUCAAUUUGAUGCUUUUAAAUAUAUUAUCUCCGUUAUCAUCAAUGACAAUAAAUAUGUGCAUAACGAUUGGUUAUAUCAUCGCUGUACAAAUUGGACAAGAAGGAACGGCUAGAAUAGGAUAUUUUUGCAAUCAAUCGAAACAACCUGCUCUUCCUUUACCUAUAGUUUCUGUUUUAAUCUAUAGUUUUUUGUUAAGUAUUUUCAUAGAAUAA